AUGUCUGGUGGCCGGAAGCACCAGGCUAGUCUGAAUGCCUUCUUCAAACCUGUCCAACCGUCUUCCAAACCGGCGGCUCCAGUAUCCAGCCGGCCGAGCCCCUCGACGACUGUCAAUGGCACCCCUUCGAACGUCCCUCGCCCUGCAUUUAGCCAUUCCAGCAAUACAGUGAACGGGUCGGCAUCAGAGGCUGUAAAUCCUACCGCCAGCCAGCCCGCAAAGCCUGCACAUGACCAAGGAGGAUAUAAUUCAAGCUUGUUAUCUCCAUCUCCCAACAAUGAUCCGUCCGAGGGCCCACCGUCACUUUCACAGCAACUUAUUCAACCGCCGGCAGUAUCAAGUAGUUUCUCCUCUGGCAGGAUUAUCAGAAGUUCAGACGAUGAGGACUCAGAUUCGGAUUCCUCCCUGGUGGAUCUCACCACGUUGUUACAAUCACAUCGCUCUAAUAUACCACCAAAACCUUCCACUAAUAAAGACACGCCAUCUACUCCCAGUGCCUCAAGAUUUACGAGCCGCAACCUUGAUUAUAAAACUUCCCCUAUUGUUGUACCGAAGUAUAAAUUCGAUUUGAAGUACCUCGCCGACCUCGCGAGAACUGACGAUGCCGCUGAGGCCAGUUCGAAAAGGGUCAAAGCAUUGUCAGCACUAGAAGAUGAAAACAGUACACUCCUUCCGACAGGAGCCAACUCAAAUGAGACCAAAACCAGUCAUCUCGAUCUUUUGGGAUCGGUUGUCAAGGAUCGAGAAGAGGGCGAAGUGCAAAGGGUCACCCGUGCAAUCAAGAGAACAGAAGCAACACUCUCUGAACAUCGCUGGUAUUUUUUUGAUACUGAAGCCAAGCCAUCUAAAACGAAAAGAUCACCCUUUCCAACAGAGUUUGUCACAGAUGACUGGAAGAAAGAUCUUUCAGAUCCGCAAGUCAGGUAUCAGACGUUCAUUUCCGGUUUCGCGGAGGACAUGGUUUCCUUUGGGAAGACCUUACCAGACGAGAUAUUUCUAUGGGUGCUUGAUGAGCUCUGCAGAGAACCAAGCGCUCCGCUUCGGAGCUCUUACAGCAAUACUUUAAGGGAGUCCUCGGAACAAGUUCACCGGCUCAUCGUCCCUGAUGUGGUCCAAAAACUGUUCAAAGAUCUUGGAGGGAGUCCGGCGGCCAUUUCUAUCUCCCAGAAGAUCCAAUCAAUCUCAGGAGUCAGGGACCCAUAUGGCAGGCGCCAGUGGGAUGAACUCCGCUCAGUUAUCGGAUUUCUUGGUGACAUAGCGAGUUCCCUCCGGCAGGAAGUCAGAGUCUAUAUCAUCUGCCUGCUCCUAAGGAUGUGCGCCGAUGGCGUAGUCUUCGAAAACGUUGACUUGUUCGACGGAGUCCGGGAAACGAUCAGUCGCCUUUGUCGAUAUAUCCCUGAAGAAUCUUGGGAAGCUUGUUGUCAAGAAAUAUGUACAUCACUAUUCAACUGUGUUGAAGAGCCAACACUCCGCCUCCAAGUAGUUGAAAGUGUCCCGUCUUUUCCCCCACGGAUGCAUGACCUUAGGAGACGGCUUGCGAUGAGCUUCUAUUUCAACGAUAUCUCUUACUGCACGAAGCAUUCUCACCUCCUCAUGGAUCUGGACCUCUUCAUCAAGCGUCUCGAAGAUCCAACCUUUGAUCUGACACCACAGACAGACUACCGGGAACUAGCAGCUCUGAUCUCCCUCCUCGACAUAGCUAUAGAUGAUGCGAGGUCCGCCGAGCUUGACCUGACGGAUGUGAACGAAGAAAGACGUUUCGAUAAAGAUAUAGACGAUCUCGCCGCCUCCAUCAGGGAUAUAAUGAAGAGUAUCGGUAAUCCCGGGGCAGCGUUCAUCUCCAGGAUCGAAGCCAAGGAGGUUCUGGAAUUAGUUGCGCAGCGAAUUGCGGACACCCUUCGGAGUAAGCCAAAGCCAAAGCAGACGGUGUUUGACGGGCCGCGUGGGAGAGCCGAGGAGGAUCUCGAGGGGGAGAGGGCCGGCAUCCAGAGUUUCUUGUCGAGGAUGAAGAGCACGGCAGGAAAGGUGUAA